AUGUCCGCGUGCGCGGCGUGCGAGCUGCGAUUCGCGGCGUGCGUCGACAUCGACGCCUACGUCCGGGCGUGCGCGCCGAUGGCGCCGCGGAACGGCGACGACGGCGCGAGCGGCGGCGCGUGCGCGGUGUGUUUGGGAAUCUUACAAAUCGCGAGCGACGCCGACGCGCGCGCGCUCGAGGACGGCGAGCGCGAGGCGGCGCGACGGGUGUUGGAGAUUGACGACGUCGGGGCGUUCGCGCGACGGGCGGUGAGUCGUGGACACGGAGGGAUGGCGGGGUAUCGGUUUCGGGUGGUGCUGCCGGCGGCGACGCUGACGCGAGAGCGAGCGAUGCGGGCGACGCGUGGGAUCGAUGACGCGACGCGCGUGACGGGGAUCGAUGAGGUGCUGCGGAUGCUCGCGCGGAAAUCGCUGGGAGAGGCGCUCGGGUGCGAGGAGGAUUCAACCGCGGCGUACGCGCUGACGGCUAAAUACAAGUACGGCGACGACGCGAAGGAGACGGAGUUCUUGUCGAGCGUGAGUUUGAAACUGAGCAAAGAGGAACGUAAAGGAAAGUUUAGGGGGAAGCACUUGAAGUGGCACAAGGGUGGGAAGCGGAAGCGGGGGACGACGGAGGCGGAUUUUUUGUCGCACCUGAGCUCGCCGGAGGAUCCGUUCGCGGAGGAGUUUGAGACGGCGGAGCGGGCGUACGAGGACGCCGCGAAGAGGUUAGCGGACGCGAAGUUCGCUGACGCAUCAUUUUGGUUAUCGAAUUCGGAUGUCACGCUCGCUGCGCCGCGUUUUCGCGCUCGAUGCAUCGUGGAGGCGUUUCACGAGCCCGUCCACGUUGGCGGGUGGUACGUGAAACUCGAUCGCGGCGUCCCACAAUCACCGUGGGUCAUGCGCGAAACCGGAAAGCGCGUCGGUCGCGGGAGUGUCGUUGAGGCGAUAGAGAGCGUCGUAUUGGAUAAGUUUGCCUCUCGAGGGGCGAAGUUUAAUAGUUCGGGGAGAGAAGACAUGGACGUGCGCAUGCUGAGCGAGGGACGACCAUUCGCGUCUCAGGUGCACGACCCGAAGAGACCGACGGUGUCGGCGGAUGAAAUCGCGGAGAUGGAGCGCACAAUCAACGCUAAGUGCGACCAAACGGGUGUGCGCGUUCGAGGAUUGUGCCUGACGACCAAGGAGCACUACCACGCCGUUGGUCAACACUCAGAGGAGAGUGAAAAAGAGAAGAGCUACGUCGCCAUCUGUCGUAUCUCAAGACGCGUCACCGCCGAAGAUCACAAAACUAUCGCUGCUGUUUCAAAUUUAGUCGUGCAACAGAGCACACCGACGCGCGUCGUGCACCGUCGAACCGACAUGGUGCGACCGCGAACGAUCGUGCACAUGUCCUCCGAGCCAAUUCCAGGCGCGCCGGAUGCCCUCAUCCUCCGACUUCGCACGCAGGCAGGAACGUAUAUCAAGGAGUUCGUGCACGGUGAUGGUGGUCGCACGAAACCGAGUCUUGGGGAUUUACUCGGGUGCAAGGCGCAAAUUCUACAGUUGGACGUCACCGAGGUGGACGACGCCUGGAAUCCGAGCGGCGCCGCGCCGAACGCAGAAAGCGUUCAAUGA